AUGCAUCGUCCUGGGCGAGUCUGCGUGAAGCUGGUGGAUGAGUGCUCAACUGGACGCCACACGUGCAGUGCUCAAGCGGAUUGUCGUGACCUCGAAGAAGGUUAUACCUGCGAGUGCCGCGAGGGAUACGUGGACCGUUCACCUAACCUUGCUGGUCAACCCGGACGAAGGUGUGCCCGUCGAAUCACGACUGCAGUUCAGCUGCAGUUUGUGAGCCUCUGGGAGGUAACAAAUACCAGUGCUCCUGCAUCCAGGGAUACGUCGAUCAAUCUCCCCAAUGGGCAAAGAGGGCGAAUCUGUGUGAGAAAUAACGCAUGCCGAGAUCCCAAGCUGAACACCUGCUCACGGAAUGCAAUUUGCUACGAUGAAGCCAGGGGCUAUCGAUGUGAAUGUGCUCGAGGGUUCAUCGACCGAUCGCCUGAUCCAGCGCUACGUGGACGAGUUUGCGAACCGCCACCACCACCAACACCUCCACCUCGCCAUCCCUGCCAAGAUCCGACUCUCAACGAUUGCCAUACUGAUCCGACUCUCAACGAUUGCCAUGUAGCUGGUUCUUGUAGAGCUACUGGAGCGCAGUCAUACACUUGCGAAUGCCUCCAGGGAUACGUCGACAAGUCGCCUGAUCCCAAGAAACCAGGACGUCUCUGCAUUCUUACGGAGCCCGUUUGUCUCGAUAAAAGCCAAAACGACUGCCAUUCGGCCGCCAUUUGUAGCGAAGUGUCAGGUCCCGAGAAGUACACGUGCCAGUGU